GAUGCGGCGCCCCUGCCGCCCGCCGCCGCCGCCGCCGCGCUCCCAGCAGCAGGAGCCGGAGCCGCAGCAGUAGCCGGAGGAGGAGGAGGAUCGGGAGCGGGAUCGGCAGAGGCGGCGGCCGCGCAGCCCAGGCCAGGCGGGAGGGACGAUGGUGAAGCUCCCGGCGCUGACCCACUGCUGGCCGCUCGUGCGCUUCCUCGUGCCGCUCGGCAUCACCAACAUCGCCAUCGACUUCGGAGAGCAGGCCUUGAACCGGGGCAUCGCGGCCGUCAAAGAAGAUGCUGUAGAAAUGCUAGCCAGCUAUGGGUUGGCCUACUCCCUCAUGAAGUUCUUCACCGGUCCAAUGAGUGACUUCAAAAAUGUGGGACUGGUGUUCGUUAAUAGCAAAAGAGACAGAACCAAAGCAGUUUUGUGCAUGGUUGUAGCUGGUGCAGUGGCGGCGGUAUUCCACACGUUGAUAGCAUACAGUGAUCUGGGAUACUACAUUAUCAACAAGUUGCACCAUGUCGACGAAUCGGUGGGAAGUAAAACACGCAAGGCCUUCCUCUAUCUUGCUGCCUUCCCCUUCAUGGACGCCAUGGCUUGGACCCACGCAGGCAUUCUUCUGAAACACAAGUACAGUUUCCUGGUGGGAUGUGCCUCCAUCUCAGAUGUCAUCGCUCAGGUUGUCUUCGUGGCCAUCUUGCUGCACAGCCACUUGGAGUGCAAAGAGCCACUCCUCAUUCCCAUACUGUCCUUGUACAUGGGAGCACUGGUGCGGUGCACCACCUUAUGCCUGGGUUACUACAGAAAUAUCCACGAUAUUAUUCCCGACAGCAGCGGGCCAGAGAUGGGGGGAGACGCUACAAUAAAAAAGAUGCUGAGCUUCUGGUGGCCUCUGGCACUGAUUUUGGCUACGCAGAGAAUUAGCAGGCCGAUCGUCAACCUCUUUGUGUCUCGGGAUCUGGGUGGCAGCUCGGCAGCCACGGAGGCAGUGGCAAUUCUGACAGCUACAUAUCCAGUGGGACACAUGCCGUAUGGCUGGUUGACAGAGAUCCGAGCUGUUUAUCCUGCUUUUGACAAGAAUAACCCCAGCAAUAAAAUGGUGAACACCAGCAGCACAGUCACAGCGACGCAUAUCAAAAAGUUCACUUUUGUCUGCAUGGCCCUGUCCUUAACGCUCUGCUUUGUGAUGUUUUGGACUCCAAACGUGUCAGAGAAGAUAUUAGUUGACAUAAUAGGAGUGGAUUUUGCCUUUGCGGAGCUCUGUGUCAUUCCUUUGCGUAUCUUCUCCUUCUUCCCAGUUCCAGUCACAGUCAGGGCACACUUGACAGGAUGGCUGAUGACCCUGAAAAAGACGUUUGUGCUGGCCCCGAGCUCCGUGCUGCGGAUCAUCGUUCUCAUCACCAGCCUGAUUGUGCUGCCUUACUUGGGUGUUCAUGGAGCCACCCUCGGAGUCGGAUCCCUUCUCGCUGGCUUUGUUGGAGAAUCCACCAUGGUUGCAAUAGCAGCCUGUUACGUUUAUCAGAAAGAGAAAAAGAAGAGGAAUGACAACGAGACGGCUACAGAAGGUGAAGACUCGGCAAUGACCGACAUGCCUCAGACAGAGGAAAUGACGGACAUCGUAGAAAUGAGAGAAGAGAAUGAGUGACAGAUUGGGAGUGGCUGUUCUCUGCAGGACAAAUGGAGGCAUCUUUCUUCUCUCACACUUUCCGGGGUUUCUUUUUAAUAAAGAGGCCCUGAUUCCAGAGGUUAUGCUGGCGUGGAUGAGGGACCUCAAGGAACAGUCUCUGCUUUCUCCUGUUCAGCUGCAUUUCUUCUCUCACUCCAUGUAAAGUCAAAAGAUGUGGCCGCUGUGGAGGAGAGGGAACCUCCCUUCUUUGGGCCGUCUCCGUGUAUCAACCAAAGUCAUGCUGUUCAUUUACGGACUCCGCUGCCGUCCUCUCGACCUCCUCGAUGCUCUCCCUCCGCUCCGGCACACACACACUUCCUUUUUUAAUUAACAAAUGAUUGAAAAUGCAACAUUUGACAAAAGAUUAGCUUUAUUUUACUUGCUUGAAAAAGACUUUGUUGACAUGUAUCAUGGUAGACUCCCUGAGUUGGGCUUUCUCAUCAUUCAAUGUGAUGUACUGUAUACUGCUACGCAACAAGGUACUGAGGCAGGAGUCAAGGAAAAAAAGUAAAUAAUAGACUACAUUAAACAGACCAUGGUAAAUAUAAGGCAAGUCUUUCUGUUUAGAGUUCACUGUAUCACCUGAGAUACAGAACAGUCUUUUAUAAAUCUCUGGUUUCCCAGCUGUGAACCAGUAUCUGUACUACACUAACCGUACAAAUGUUUUCUAAAGAAUAGGAUGGGUAUUUAAAUUGGAAGCUUUAUAUAGAAUAUGAAUGUCCCAUCUAAAGCCCUCUCUUGAGAAGCCUUUUGUUUCCCUGCUUAACAGUGUGCAGGAUACGGCACUGUGAUGUGGUGUAAGAAAUUGCUUCUGAGGUUAUUUCCUAAAAGGGAGAUGAUAAAAGGGAGGGGGGAAAAUCCACCGAUAUUUAAACCAAAGUUCUAAUCCAGUGUUUUGAAAGUGUGGCUGUUUGUAUUGUCUGUUCAAAAAUAUACUGGCUAACUUAUACAGAGAAUAUCAUAGUAUAUCUAUUUGAUGUAGAGAACUCGGGAUAGGGCUGUUGCUUCAACACUUCCCCAAGAGUGAACGAUAUAAAUAAGUCAAAGUCCUACAGCAGAGGCAUGUCUUUCAAAAACAAAGAGGACCUGGAGAGGAAUUGAUCAAAGGGAUAAGUGGUACAUCCAUCACCCUUUAAUCUGACUGCGCAAGGCAUGGACCCCUGGGCUCCACUUCGAUGACUGGAUGUGCUUCUGUAUUGGAGAGGCUCAAGGUGUGCGCAGGGUUUCAGGCCCCGCUGGGGGGCCCCAACCGCCCGCAGGCUGUGCAGUUUAUGCAGUUGGCUUCCUCCCGUGGGAGUGGGAUUUGCCCUCUGGGUCCAGCCCACUGGAAGGAGCCCUGCAGUGGGUGUGCCCCAGAAAGGGGGCAGUGGGGGCACCGGUGGCCACAGGGGGGGGCUGGCUUUGGCCGUGUCCCAGGACGUCGUUUUAAUCCUAAAGGAAAUUGUCUUGAAAUUAAAAUAUUUCAAGGUUUCUUUAGCCAAAUUAUAUUUUUCUAUAUGCUUUAGAACGGUAAAAAUUAUUUUAUUUAAUUUUGCACAAAUCCGUUUUCUAGAUUUCUAGAGCAAGUCGCUUAGGAUAGACGGAAUCUUUAAAAGUAAAACGGCAAUCCUAUAUCAAUAUAUGUGUACAUAUACACAUGUAAGUGUAUAAAUAUAUAUAUUGUAUAUUAUGUGUAAUUUAUUUGAGGCUGCGGUAAAUUUCUUAUUUUUCCAAAGCUCAGUAAAGAAUUUCUAAUACAAUACAAGGCUUGCUUGUGUGCUGAAACUAAGUCUAAAGAAGUGUUCCGUCUCUGCAGAGUUGAUAUUCAGCCGUGCCCUUGCACAGAUGCCAUAAAUAAGGUGAUGCAACAAAUAUAGUCUCAAAGAGGGGGGGGGGGCUUGUGAAUAUUAGUUGAGGUUGGAGAGUAGCCCCUGCUGGCUCCAGGGCCAGAUCUGGUUCUUUGGGAACGCCAGCUGGCCUCUGGUUGCCAGUCCAGGGCUGACUCCAGGUCUUGGUGAACUCCAGGCAAGAUGCCCUUUGGAGGACGCCACCCACUAAACAGCAGCUCCUCCUCCUGAGCAGCAGUUGCUCCUCAGCACCGCUAGCACAUGCUCAUGUGGCCGCUCAUCCUUGCUGGUGUGCAAGCACGACGGCAGGCUACUGCUGCCGCUGUUCUGAACCUGGAAGAGGAGGGAGGAGGACUUAGUGCUGUCACCCCUAGGUGGCCGUGUGGGGCAGCACCAAAGAGAGGAUGAUUUCAGAGGGUGCCCCCACCCAGUCGUGCCAUCUGGAGAACAGAGGCCGGUUGCAGUGGCUGCUGCAUCACUGCACUUUGUCAGGAGUUGGCAGUGAGGCCUCACUGACAAGUACCCAGUGAUGCCCAUUCCUGAUGCCAUCCCGGAGGUGCGAGUGGUGUAUGAAGGUAGUGCCGGUGACAGUGGCAUGUACCAAGACACCACCAUGGAGAAAGAAAGGGGGCUGAACCUGCCUCCCAGCCAAGUUUCAAAAUGGGUCAAAAACUAGUUGCUGGCUUUAUGUUUUUUGCCAUCAAGUCGCAGCAGACUGACGGUCACCCCCAUCGAGUUCUGAAGGCAAGGGGCAUUCAGAGGUGGGUUGCCAUCACCUGCCUCUGUGUAGCAACCUUGAUAACCCUGAGUGGUCUCCCAUCCAGGUUGGACCCUGCUGAGUUUCCAGGAUUGGGCUUACCCAGGUCAGGGCAGUUGCCGAAUAGGGGAACCGGGAUACUGGAAAUUUCGCACAAGAGAAGCCAAGGAGAACAAUACCGAUCCGAAGUUCUCAGUGCUGUUCUGUCUGCUUUUUACAGAAGUAUAACGGAGGAAAAUCAACACUGUACAGUAUAUAUUCUGUGAGCACACGGAUCUGACUGUGUGGGUGUGUGUACUGUAUAACUUUCUCUCUCUCUUUCUGUGUGUGGAAGGACUCAUGCGCAGAGAUUUCUUAUGGUAUGUCUUUAGAAAUGUAUGCUGUAGUAUAUUUAUUUUGGCUCAGAGCCAUAAAAAAAAUUAAAACUCCUGACAUUUCAGUGCUUCUUUCUUAGCUAGCUGGACGGAUAAUUAGCAACUUUCUGGUGAUAGAAAUGGCUUAUGGCCCUGUGACUGCAGCUUCAAAUGCCAUCAUAUUUAAAGAAAGGAUGCUUAAUUCCAUGCAGAUAUUUAUUGUU